GGCGGCGCUGCCUUUGGGGGACGCGGAGUGCUAGAUCAGGAGGGGUUUUCUCCUCGGGCUGCGGGAACCGUAGAGAGGAUGUGACGAGGGUGGUCUUGGAAGGCGGUAGCUGGAGUGUUGGUGGUUCCGGAACCUCGCGUAGACCAGGAAAGUGGAGAGCCUCAAAAAUCUAUUGUAGGAGCGCUGGAAAAUUUGUCUCAACAAAUGAAUUCCACACUUGAAUUCUGCUGCAUUCCUGUGCCACCUCCUCCUUUAGAAAACUGAUCUUAGAACAGAGAAAUAAAAGAGGAAUAGAGGGUAGAAGAUGCUGGGAUCUGAACGUGGUGUUGUGGAAGAAUGGUUAUCAGAAUUCAAGGCAUUACCUGACACUCAGAUCACCAAUUAUGCAGCAACUUUACACCGGAAAAAAACACUGGUACCAGCCCUCUAUAAAGUUAUUCAGGAUUCAAAUAAUGAGCUUCUGGAGCCUGUCUGCCACCAGCUGUUUGAGCUCUAUCGUAGCUCUGAAGUUCGACUUAAGAGGUUCACACUGCAGUUCUUGCCCGAAUUGGUGUGGGUUUAUUUACGGCUCACGGUUAGCCGAGACAGACAGAGUAACGGUUGCAUUGAAGCACUUCUGUUAGGAAUUUAUAAUUUGGAAAUUGCUGAUAAAGAUGGAAACAAUAAAGUUCUAUCUUUUACUAUCCCUUCUUUAUCCAAGCCUUCAAUAUACCAUGAGCCCUCAACAAUUGGAUCCAUGGCUUUGACAGAAGGGGCUUUGUGUCAGCAUGAUCUCAUCAGGGUUGUUUAUAGUGAUCUUCAUCCUCAAAGGGAAACAUUCACUGCACAAAACCGGUUUGAAGUCUUGAGUUUCCUCAUGUUGUGUUAUAAUUCUGCUAUUGUGUAUAUGCCUGCUUCAUCUUACCAGUCUCUUUGUCGGAUGGGCUCCAGGGUUUGUGUGAGUGGGUUUCCACGGCAACACGAAAAACACUGGAAAGAACUCUGUGGUCGAAUAGUAUUGGAUCCUGAAUUCAUGGUGCAACUUCUCACAGGGGUUUAUUAUGCCAUGUAUAAUGGGCAGUGGGACCUUGGCCAAGAAGUCCUUGAUGACAUCAUUUAUAGAGCUCAGCUAGAACUCUUUUCUCAACCACUGUUGGUUGCCAAUGCCAUGAAGAACUCAUUACCAUUUGAUGCUCCUGAUUCUUCACAAGAAGGCCAGAAGGUACUUAAAGUGGAAGUCACUCCAACAGUGCCGAGAAUUUCUCGGACUGCAAUUACAACAGCUUCAAUCCGUCGUCAUAGAUGGAGGAGAGAAGAUGGCUUUGACUUCUCAAACGAGGCUGACUCGAGUAUUCCUGGCUCCCCGAUCCAACACGGCUCCACUGACCUAGGGAUCAAACGUGUUCAAGAGGGGGAGGUGCUGGUGCGCAGGACCCCUGAGCACGGCUCACCGGAGCCCAACUCAGCAGCAGCCACAACAGAGGGUGCUGAGGGUGUAAAUGGAGAAGAGUCGGUAAACCUAAAUGAUGCAGAUGAAGGAUUUUCAUCAGGGGCUUCCCUCAGCAGUCAGCCAUUUGGGACCAAACCAUCCUCCUCUUCUCAGAGGGGAAGCUUAAGGAAAGUAGCAACGGGGCGUUCAGCUAAGGAUAAAGAAACAGCUUCUGUCAUCAAAUCCAGUGAGAGCCCUCGAGAUGCAGUCAUUCGCAGGCAGUAUGUACAGCAACCAACUGAUCUUAGCGUAGAUUCAAUCGAGCUGACACCGAUGAAGAAACACCUGAGCUUGCCUGCUGGCCAGGUGGUGCCAAAAACCAGUAGUAUAAGUCUAAUCCGGACAGCCAGUGCUUCCUCAAGCAAAUCAUUUGACUAUGUAAAUGGCAGUCAAGCAAGUACCAGCAUUGGGGUUGGCACUGAGGGAGUUACUAAUUUAGCAGCUAACAAGGUUAAUCGAUACUCAACUAUCAGUCUGCAGGAAGACCGGCUAGGUCAAGCUGGAGAAGGUAAAGAGCUCCUCAGCCCAGGAGCCCCCUUAACCAAGCAGUCUCGAUCCCCAAGUUUCAAUAUGCAGCUAAUAUCCCAGGUGUAGUUCUGACCUCCUCUCUCAUCUUUCUGCUUACCCUUUAAACUGAACAUUUCAUUGUAUAAGAAGACACUUCAUCCCACAUUGUGAAAAUAUUGGUCAUCGUAAUCAGAUCUGAUUUAGUUUAGGUAUCUUCAUACUGUAUUUUGUAUGGAAACAGCAAUAAGGUUUUCUUUUUCCUCCUUCCUAUAUCUUCUCUUCACCUUAUUCCUUGUAAAUGCGUUUGUGAAGCAGUAUAAAAUGUAUGCAUUUUCCAUGCCUUCCUUUCUUCUUGGGUGAUGUGCAAUCCAUCGUAGGCUGAUCGGUCCCAUUUCAACACUGUGAGACUGAGGAUAUGUUAGAGGAAAUGGUGUAUAUGAUCCCUAUGAAAUGAUUCUUUGGCUUUCGUUUAAAAAAGAAAAACAAAACGGGUUUGUUCUCAUAAUCUAUAGAAUUAUGGAGAUUACUGGAUCAUAUUUUUUUCUCUUUUAACCAGGAGUGCCUCAGAGAUUCUGCUAUGACUUUGGACUUCUCUGAGUCUGUGUAUUUUCUUGAGAAGCAUGGGGAAAGGUGGUAGACUGCUGCACUUUUUCAUUAAAAUGUGGGUGGUUCUUUUCCCCCCAUCUCCUUUAUUUCGAGGACACAAAUGUUCAGUUACUGAGGCAUUUAAAUCAAGUUGUAGCCCCCUCCUUUGGAGGGCAGGGCUCAAAGUUGUUUGUGUAAUUGAUAAUGCACUUUCUCAAUGGCUCUACAGUCAUUAUUAACAUGUCUUCCCUCCUCCCUUCAAGGACAUAGGUCAUUUCUGUCCUUAAAGUUUGAACAACUAACAAAUCAGAGAAUCCAAGGGGCAUGUUCUAUUUCCCAGGAAUGAUUGACACUUUGGUGCUGGGGUUUUGUGGCGGGGGGGAGGGGGUGGUUUUUGUUUAGCUUGUGUGGGACUGUGUGUGUGAGGGGAAGUUUUGAUAGGUUUUUUUUCUUUUCCUUUGUGAGCUGAUGAUGACUGAAGUAGUACAAGUACGUCUUCAGGUAAAGAGAGGGAUUUCUCAACCCACUUUCUAUGAUGUCAGACUAUUGGAGAAACCCUUUCAGCUGCUUUCUAGAUGUACCUAAAUUCAGUCAGAUAUUUUGGAUUAAGAAACCUGAAGUCCUGAUAGAUCAUAUACUCCAAGGAAUCACAUCAGGGACGGGUAAUUGGCUGAAAACACUGAUGCUUCAACGUGACACACUUUUUUAGAACAUUUCUACCAGGGGGUACUGACUUGAUUUCUCCUACAAGGACCACACUGCCUUUGUGUUUAAUGUAAUGCAAUUUGUGUACCUUCUAAUCAUAUAUCUGCAGAAGUUUCUCAUUUUUAUAAAACUUUGAAAUCAUGCCAGUAAGCUAGAUGUUGAAUGUAUGUAAGUAGCAUUUGGUAACUGUGCUAAGAGGCUACAAAAAUGCAUUACUAGUAAAAAAAAUUUUUUUUUAGUUCUGAUUUGGUUGGGUAAGAUUUCAUUAUAAGUUCUUUUGGGUCUCAGGCUCUAAUGCUUGAUUGAAAAAAAGAAAAUAUAUCGGUUUUUGAAAGUCAUUUUAUGACUUGAACUGCUAUACGUUAUCCUUCCACAAAAUACAUCAGAGGUAUUAGCGCUUUGUACAUUUAGACAUUUUAAUUUUAUUAUUGUGAAAGAAAAAUAUACUGAAUUUAUAGAAAACAAGUAUUCUCCUAAUUAACAAAGUUUAAAAUAUUAUCUCUAUCAAUUAAAAUUACAAUAGAUUUUGAUAAAUAAAAUAACCAGAAAAAUGCCUCUUGUUUUUUUCCACAUCGAGAACCUCCCCCUCCUCCUCUUAUUUUAUUGUAAGAGGGUUUGUUUUGUUUUGUUUUGGAGGGGAUUUUCUUUAGAAUCUUUUUAAGAACAAUGAGAUGCUUAUUUGAAUUUGGUGGUCUGUAACACUUUUCAGCUCUUAGAAAAUGGAAAACUAGAACCUGAACUAGUACAACUAGUACUACUACUACAACAUUGCCAAAGUCUGGGAUAAAGUGAAAAGUUUAUAAAUAGAAAUGUAUUGGAGUGUGUGUGUGUGUGUGUGUGUGUGCGCGCACGCGCGCACACACG